AUGGCCGGCGGUGGUGGCAAAUACCGGCAUCUGGGCCGGAAGUCCUCUCAUCGACAGGCGCUCCUCCGCAAUCUUGUCACCUCACUUUUCGAGAACGAAUCGAUUACGACGACAUGGGCCAAGGCCAAAGAGGCACAGAGACUGGCAGACAAACUGAUCACACUUGGCAAAAAGAAUUCAGAGGCUAGUCGGAGACGGGCUCUGGAGAUUUUCUACUGGACUGUUGAAACACAACACAUCGACUCUUUUGGACUGUCUGGCUUACAUUCUUCGUCUGGCCAGAAACCCCACGACAUCAUCCCUAAGCUGUUCGGUCCCCUCCGCGAGCGGUACGCCGAGCGACCUGGUGGCUACACACGUGUGCUCCGUGUCGAGCCCAAGGAGAAAUUCGAAUACUACAACGUCCGCAAGGGUGACAAGAAUGCCGUUCCAGAGCGCAAGCCUGCUGAUCAAGCACCCAGUGCGAUCCUGGAACUCGUGGAUGGACCCAAGGAUAUGCGGUUCGCCAUGACGGCGCGCGCAAUUGCGCGUCAACGUGAGGAAGGCUUGACGGAACAUGAACUGACAGCCUUGAACAAGAUGAAAGUGACACGGUACCGCAAGGGCGGUGUUGAUGAACUUGAAGCCGCGGUCCAGCAGUUGCAGAUUCGCGACUCUGAAACUGAGCUGGAGGUUCCGUCCGCUCUUCCCAAGAGUGAGGAGUCUAAGGCUGCUCAGGUGGAGGCGCAGCGAAGUGCGUCUGAGGCUGAGCGUAUUGCCAAGAAUAUCCGUGCUUGA